UCACCUCCGCAAUUUAGAGAAAACUCACCACUUCAUCCCCUUCCUUCCCUAUUUAAUCUAGCCAAAGCUAACCAAUCACAAUUAGUCAUUGUUCUUGACCACUUUCUGUGCUUCAGCAAGCCUGAAUUGCCCGAAUUCUUCAGGUCCUGUAGCUCUUUGCUUGCUUGCUUUAGCUGGUUUUGAUCCUAGGAUAAUGAUCUUGACCUCCGGCAGCAGAUACAUCGUAUUUUUCAGCACCUGCUUCCCGCUGGAUCUAGAAAAGUACAAGAGCUUCUACUUUUGGAUCUUCCAAAUCUUCAAUAGAUACCACCACCUACCUCAUCUGCACCUCACUACUCAUCUGCCUGUUCUAAUACCUACAUAUAUGAUAAAUAUCUGCUCAUCUGCCUGAAAUAUUUACUUGGCAGUUGACAUUAAAAGUAGCGAUCUUCUUCUCCUUGGUUAUCUUUUAGCUUUGCUCUUGCCAGAGAUAUUUGAAUAGUUUGCAAGUGUACAUUCGUUCGAAUCAGUUACUUGAAGUAAGUAAUGGGCACCACGACAAUUCUGCCGCCCGGGUUCCGGUUCCACCCCACCGACGACGAGCUGGUCGGCUACUACCUCAAGAGGAAGGUGGACAACCUCAAGAUCGAGCUCGAGGUCAUCCCUGUCAUUGAUCUCUACAAGUCCGAGCCAUGGGAGCUACCAGAGAAGUCGUUUCUACCGAAGCGUGACCUGGAAUGGUUCUUCUUUUGCCCGCGGGACCGCAAGUACCCGAACGGGUCACGGACCAACCGCGCGACGAGCACCGGGUACUGGAAGGCCACGGGCAAGGACCGCCGCAUCGCCUGCGACGGCGGCGUCUACGGCGUUCGCAAGACGCUCGUCUUCUACCGCGGCCGCGCCCCCGGCGGCGAGCGCACCGACUGGGUCAUGCACGAGUACCGCCUCUGCCAGGAUCUCGUCCACGGCGCAUCCAACUUCAUCGGCGCUUACGCGCUGUGCCGCGUGAUCAAGCGGCACGAGGCCGGGCUGCUGCAGGGCGAGCCGCCGGCCAGGGCGAAAGGAGCAAGCACCGGCGGCGCAGCCGGCGCGAGAGGGCAGAUGAGCAAGGUCUCCAGCAGCUCGUCUCUCGUCAGCAGCGAGCACCUCGGCGCGUACACGCCUACCAAUUCCAGCCCUCCGCCUACAGAUGUCAGCAGAGGAAUGUGCACGAUGGCUGAACCCCACGCCCAGCUCAGCGCACAUGCCUUUUCGGCCACCGACGGGAUGUCGAGCUCACUGACCUCGCCCCUGUUCAGCCACUCGUCUCAGAUGUGGGCGGCGCAGGACACGUUCUUCUUCGUCGGCGACGACUUCCCUGCUGCCGCUGCGACCGAGUCGCGUUCGCACGUGCCUCUCUUAGGCGGCGACAUGGGGAGCGUCUCGGAGCAAGAGCUGAAAUGGGACGAGCUCACCUGCGCGGCAAACACGUUCUCAAAUGGUGCGGAGAUCUGGAACACCAGCCCGAGCCCGAUGCUGUGCAGGCAGGCGAGCGACGGCAUCGACGACCUGGCCGCGUGGUUCUCCUUCUCGUCGUCGGAGGAAAACAGGGUGGUCUUCUGAUCUCCAACAACGGCACACCUCAUCUGCAGAUGUCAGAGCUUCUCCAGGAGACUGCAAGAUAGCAUCCUCCAUAUCUCCAUAUAGAGUACACUUAAAAAAGAUUCUCUCUAUAUCUUUUCUUACUCUAAGGAACUAUUCAUAUUCCAUCUUUCGUAUUCCACUUUCAUAUAUUAAUUUCUUGUAAAUAGCCACAUAUAUUUGUAAUGGCUACACGCAAGACGACUAUAUUUACAAUAGCACAAAAGCACUUUUAUGUU